GCGCCCGCACUCCCCCCACCCCACCCCCUUUCCCCGCCUCAUCCCCUUCUCGUGCCGCCGCCGCCGCCGCUCGCCACCACCCUCCGCCGACCUUCGUCCGUCCCCGGCGCCGGUGGAGAGGACGGAGAGAAGUCCCUUCGCCGUGCCUGCGCGGGCACAAGCCACGACCCGAUCCGCUUGCGCCGUACCUACUGGAUAAAGGCAAGAGUUCUGUUGGUGCAUUGAGAAGUGACACUGCAAUUUUCUUAGAUAACAGAUGAGGCGAGCUCGGAGGCGUACGUGGGUGGGAUGACUGAUGAGGGAUGAUAGUGACAUUGAUGAACUUUCUACGGGCGUGUUGGAGACCUUCAUCCAACCGGCAUGCCCGGACAGGCUCAGAUGCUACCGGUAGGCAGGAUGGACUUCUAUGGUACAAGGACACUGGGGAGCAUGUAAAUGGCGACUUCUCCAUGGCUGUUGUCCAGGCCAAUAACCUACUUGAGGACCAGUGUCAGAUUGAGUCGGGUCCGUUGAGCUUUCUCGACUCUGGUCCAUACGGCACUUUCGUCGGGGUUUACGAUGGGCACGGUGGACCAGAGACAGCUUGCUACAUCAACGAUAACCUCUUCAACCAUCUUAAAAGGUUCGCUUCGGAACAGAAUGCAAUGUCUGCUGAUGUACUGAAGAAAGCAUAUGAAGCUACAGAAGAUGGAUUCUUCUCUAUCGUCACCAAGCAAUGGCCUGUCAAGCCUCAAAUAGCGGCUGUUGGCUCAUGCUGUCUGGUUGGUGUUAUCUGUGGUGGCAUGCUUUAUGUUGCGAAUGUUGGGGAUUCUCGUGCUGUUUUAGGAAAACAUGUUAAAGCCACUGGAGAAGUGUUGGCUGUCCAACUGUCAGCAGAACAUAAUGUCAGCAUUGAGUCAGUGAGAAAAGAAUUGCAGUCAAUGCACCCUGAAGAUAGGCAUGUUGUUGUUCUCAAGCACAGUGUUUGGCGUGUAAAAGGCCUAAUUCAGGUCUGCAGAUCGAUCGGUGAUGCCUAUCUGAAAAAACAAGAGUUCAAUCGGGAACCUCUGUAUGCAAAAUUCCGUCUUCGUGAACCUUUUAACAGGCCCAUACUAAGUUCAGAACCAUCUAUUUGCGUUCAACCUAUACAGCCACAUGAUGAGUUUCUCAUAUUUGCAUCUGAUGGACUUUGGGAGCACUUAACCAACCAGGAGGCUGUUGACAUUGUUCAAAGUAGCCCUCGUAGUGGGAGCGCUAGGAGGCUCAUAAAAUCAGCCUUGCUAGAAGCAGCCAAGAAAAGAGAGAUGAGGUAUUCCGAUCUCAAGAAGAUCGACCGAGGUGUCCGUCGCCACUUCCAUGAUGACAUAACGGUCAUCAUACUCUACCUCGACUCGAGCCUCGUAAGCAGGGCGAGCACCCACAGGGGCCCUGCUGUUUCGCUAAGAGGCGCCGGCGUGAGCCUGCGCAGCAGCACGCUCGCACCUUAUGGGUCGCAGAUGUAACAGGUGCCAGCGGCAUCGGCCAGGAUCAUCAUCCCCUUGAUUAAUGGUUAAGAAAGAAUGGAGAGGCACAGACAGAGGGCCUCUUCUUCUCCAGGGCUUCUAUCAAUCCCCACCAUGAAGACUUUGAUCAUAGUAAUGUAUGUACUUCGUUUCGAGAUUGACCGAGGAAGAAUAGGUAGGUGUCGUUUGUUGUGCUGCUGCUGAAAAGGCAGAUGUCUCUUGUUGUUCGUCCCCUGCAGGAAUUUUUAAUUUUAACACCAAUAGUGCAUAUAUGAUAUAUGGUAUAAUAAUGGGCCCAGGAGGAGUAACUUAUUGACUGAUGUCGUGGACUCCAUACAUAUGUAUGUAUGCAUGUAUGUGUGCUAUUCUGACUCUGUUAUUUAUUUAUUUUAUUGACCAAAUGUUGGUAUCCA